AUGUCUUCACCACUUCCUUACAACCGUCAAAACGCACUUGCAUCUAGCAUUGCAGCUGACAAUGCAGCCUACAUCGCGGGGAAGAUUGUUCUCACCACCGGCGUUACUCAAGGCGGUCUAGGCGCUACCUUUGUUGAGGCAAUCGCGCAAUAUGAACCUCGCUUGCUCAUCCUUGCAGGCCGAUCAGCACAGAAGGUCCAGGCCACCGUCGACAAGAUCAAGUCGAACACGAAGAGUUCAGGUGUAGAAAUAAAAGUCCUGGAGCUCGAUCUUGCGAGCCAAAAAGAGGUACGACAGGCAGCCGAAAAUGUGCUGGGGUGGGAUGAUGUACAACACAUCGACGUCCUCGUGAACUCCGCCGGUGUGAUGGCAGGCCCGUACAAGACGACUCAAGAAGGCAUCGAACUUCAAUUUGGCAGCAACCACAUCGGGCACUUCCUCUUCACAAACCUUCUCAUGCCCAAGAUCCUGGCCUCUCCCAAUCCGCGCAUCGUUAAUGUGGCCAGCGAUGGUCAUCGCUUUGGCGGCGUGAGGUUCGACGAUUGGAACUUCCAGGACGGGAAGGUGUACGAACAGUGGGAGGCGUAUGGGCAAAGCAAGACAGCUAACAUAUUGUUUUCACGAGCACUUGCUGAAAAGCUCGGAUCCAAGGGGUUGAAGACUUAUAGUCUGCAUCCUGGUGUAGCAUUUGGCACAAGUCUGGCGCCGCAAGGCCUGGGGGACGAGGAUUUGGCAUCGCUAGCGGCGAAAGAUAAGAAGAUUGGUUGGGAUCGCGAGCUUGACGUAAAGAGUUUGGAUGAGUGUAGCGCUACGCAUGUGGUUGCGGCUUUUGAUCCCAGGCUCGAUGCAUACAAUGGAGUAUACCUCGAAAAUGGCAACCUUUCUGAUGACUUGCAACCAACCGCUACAAAUGCAGCAGACGUUGAGAAGUUGUGGCAUCUCAGCGAGGAGUUGGUUGGCCAAGAUUUUUUUCACUAG